UUCUUUACGUGCGAUUUACACAAGUUGCCGUAUCGGUUCUUUUGUUUUCUUUUUAUUGGAAGCUGCUAUUGGCCGGGUUGGUUUGAAUUGUUUGGCGGAUAUAUCGUUACUGCCUCAAAAAUAUAAAGAUUAUUCUGCAGAUAGGUCAGUUAUUUUUGUUAAAAGGUUCUUCUUCAACGUUUUUCUGUGCUAAUUGAAAUGAGCAGCAGCAUUUUAUUGAUGGUUGAAUUUAUCUUCUUGGUCUGUGCUCUGAGAACGACGUUAUCAAUACCAGCCGAUGCGAUGCACAAACGAACUAUCCCAGAAAGCUCCCCCGAAGAAUUGCCAGACUAUCAACUGGGAGUGCGAUAUGAUGAAUAUCCGACUAUUGUUCCAAAGAAACGAACAGCUCUUUUAGUAAAUCGACUGAUGCUCGCCUUACGUGACGCAAUGGAAGCGGCAGAGAGGGAGAGGGGAACAAAUUUCGUGGACGGAUAUAUGGCCAAUAAGAAGUUUCUAACUGCUGAUGAUGUGAGAUCGAUGGAUUUGCAAAGAAGAGGACACCAGUCAAUAUCGAACUUGCAAGGAAAAGGACGCAUUUACUGGAGAUGCUAUUUCAACGCCGUCACAUGUUUUUAAAUCGAUUUAGUCGAUCUUUUUUGUACACUGUCAC